UUCACCUGCCAGAGGAGGGAGCGUGGAUAAGAAGGAUUUGCUCUGAUUCUAGCUGCUCCGAGCUCUGCUCUCAAGCCGCAACUCACCUCAGUUCCCUUCUCUUAUGAUAUAUUUAGAAAUCUUUAGGGAAGCACCAAUCAGGCAUCAAGAACAACAAUGAUUGCCCUGUCUAACAGCACUGCCUCAAAUCUCUUCCUUUCAAAACCAAUAGAAGAACAUAUCCAAAGAGUCAACCAUUCCUCAAGUGCUUCAGCUUACAGUGCUGGUGCUGAGUUGGAAGUCCUGUACAUUUUCAUGAUGCUUGGUUUCUUUGGCUUCUUCACCUUUGGCAUCAUGAUGAGCUAUAUCCUCUCGAAGAAAUUGGAGCAUUCCCACGAUCCAUUCAAUGUGUACAUUGAGUCGGACACAUGGCACAAGAAGGACAAAGAAUAUUUCCAAGCCAGGAUUCUGGAAAACUACAAGGCAUGCUAUAUCAUUGAAAACCAGCUUGUGGCUGAACACCCCAAUAUAUACAUUCCAGAAGAAAAGCCCUUAUCCUGAAGAGUGACAUUUUACCUGAAAUCUCAUUAUCAUGUAGAUUGAUUUAGCUUUGAUAUUUAAGCACCCAUAGGUGAUUGGGGACUGGAGGAUGGAACAAUAAACUCCUCCCCAAACCUCUUUUUUAGAGGGCUCAAAAUUGUCCAGCUGCCUUUAUUUCUUAUAAGUUGCUCUGCUUAGUUUCAACUUCCCAGCAUACCCUGGUACCAGCUAUUGUUCAGUGACCCCCUCUCCAUUCCCUUCUCUUUUCUGGAUCCUUUUAUGUAUUGUCUUCCCCUAUUAGACUGUAAGCCCAUUUAGGGGAGACU